AUGUCAACACUGGUCAGAAACAUGGUGGACGACAGUGGAACUGAUGAAGAGAUCCCGUUGCCUAACGUCAAGACAGCCAUCCUCAGCAAGGUCAUCGACUACUGCAAGUACCACAAGGACAGUCCCCCAGAGGAAAUUCAGAAGCCUUUGAAGAGCACCAAUUUAGUCGAGUGUGGCGUAUCCGAAUGGGACAACGAGUACGUGAACAUUGAGCAGGAGGUCCUCUUUGAACUGAUUCUUGCAGCCAACUAUUUGGACAUCAAGAGCCUGCUGGACUUGACCUGUGCUAAGGUAGCUUCCAUGAUCAAAGGCAAGAACACAGAGGAGAUUCGGAAGCAGUUCAACAUUGUGAACGAUUUCACGCCAGAAGAG